UCCGCAUUGUUUUCUGAAAAGUUACAAUAAACUGAGGAGAAAGCAUGAGUGACUAUGUUAGGAUGGCUCUGUCUCAGUUUAACUCUAGCGUUUACUUUUGUUCGAUAAACCUCUCGAGGUAGCAAACAAGCCUCUCCUCCUCAGUAGUCUCGAUGUCAUGGCUUCAACUUCAGCUCAUGAAAAAGCAACAUGGCAUGAAGGUGACUGCUGUCUGGCUCCCAACCCAAGAGAUGGCACCUUGAGACGAGCCCAAAUCCAGAGAUUGAUCUCCACGCUUCAUAACGACGAUACAGCAUGGGUGAUAUUCUCCAGCGAUGCAGAGGAGGAGCAAGAGGAGGAGGCUGUACCUGCCUCCAAACUCAUGAGACCAGGCUUGAACAAUUUCACCCAGGAGAAACCUUUGUUUCCCGGCAAUCCCGCUGACCUCAGUCUCUGCAUCCCCUUCGCCCUGAGUCACGAGGACAGAGUCCCUUACACAAUCAACAGAUACCUGAGAGAUUACCAGAGGGAAGGGAUCAAGUUUGUUUACAAUAACUACAUCCAAGCCAACGGAUGCAUCCUGGGAGAUGACAUGGGUCUUGGAAAGACUGUACAGGUCAUUGGUUUUCUUGCUGCUGUGUUGCACAAAACAGGCACAUGGGAGGACGUAGAGAACAACAGACCUCUGUUUCUGCAAAGUCAGAUACCCUCCAAGCCAAGUAAUCCCAGAAAAGUGUUUCUCAUUGUGGCGCCACUGUCAGUGCUUUAUAACUGGAAAGACGAACUGGACACAUGGGGUUACUUCCAGUGUGUGGUGGUCCACGGGCUGAGGAAAGAGGAGGAGCUGGCUCGGAUCCACAAAGGUCGCAUUGAGAUUGCACUGACCACCUAUGAGACUCUUCGCCUCUGUGUGGAUCAGUUUAAUAAAAUAGACUGGUCUGCUGUGGUUGUUGACGAGGCCCACAAGAUAAAGAAUCCAAACUCUCAGAUCACGCAGGCCAUGAAGACGCUGAGAUGUAAGGUCAGAAUCGGUCUCACUGGCACUAUCCUGCAGAACAACCUUGAAGAGCUCUGGUGUGUUAUGGACUGGGCAAUACCAGGUUGUCUUGGCACCUUAGGUCAUUUCAAGAACAAGUUCUCUGAUCCUAUUGAACAAGGGCAGAGACACAGUGCAACCAAACGGGCUCUGGCUACGGCCAGGAAGACUGUCAAAGCUCUUGUGAGGAACAUUUCUCAUUGGUUCUUCAGGAGAACUAAAGCUCUCAUCAAUGAACAACUCCCAAAGAAGGAUGACAGAGUGGUGUUUUGCUCUCUGACAGACUUUCAGCAGACAGUGUAUCAGACGGUGCUGGACAGCGAGGAUGUGACGCUGCUGCUGAGAUCUUCAGAGAAAUGUGAUUGCCAAAGUGGUCGCAUGCGCAAAACCUGCUGCUAUAAAAGAAACUCCGAGGGUGUUCAAAUGAAAGUACUAUACUUUAGUUACCUGGCCAUCUUGAGGAAGGUUGCCAACCAUGCAGCACUGCUUCAGUCUACUCCAGGCACCAGUAAGAAGCAGGAAAAGUAUGUUAGCUCCAUUUGUGCAAAAGUUUUCCAGAAGUUUCCAGACUUCGUGCAGCGAUGCAAAAAUGAAGCAUUUGAAGCCCUUUCUGACCCUAUGUACAGUGGAAAAAUGAAGGUGUUGCAAAAGCUGAUUAAGCACUAUCUGCAAAGGAAGGACAAAAUACUUAUCUUUUCUUUGUCAACGAAGCUGCUGGACGUGCUGCAGAGCUACUGCAUGGCAGAGGGACUGGACUACAGCAGGUUGGAUGGAGCCACCAAAUCCAAAGAGAGACUGCAGAUUGUCAAAGAUUUCAACAGCUCCUCUCACGUCAACCUCUGCCUGGUUUCCACCUUGGCUGGUGGACUUGGUCUGAACUUUGUAGGUGCUAAUGUGGUGGUGCUGUUUGACCCUACCUGGAACCCGGCACAUGAUCUUCAGGCUGUUGACAGGGCGUAUCGUAUCGGCCAGUGCAGAGAUGUUACUGUUCUCAGGCUGAUCUCUCUGGGAACUGUAGAAGAAAUUAUCUACCUCAGACAAGUUUACAAACAGCAAUUGCAAAGCUCGGUUGUUGGCGAGCAGAGUGCCCGGCGCUAUUUCGAGGCAGUGCAAGGUCAUGCCGUCCAUAAAGGGGAACUGUUUGGGAUGAAAAACCUCUUCAGGCUGCAGACUCACGGCACAUGUCUCACCAGCAGGAUUCUAGAGCGAGAAGGACAAGUGGAGGCCGGCGUGAUGACAACAAGAACCCACAGAAGCAAUGAGAAGGAGGAAGAGGAGGCAAAGGGAGACGACGAAGCUAGAGAUUCACUCACAAAUGCCCCAGUAUCAAGUAAUGAAGCAUCCAAAGACAACAGAGAUGCAGCAAAGAUGCCCGGAGGUGUGCUGGACUUCAGCAGUGAGAGUGAAACAGAGGAGGAGCUGCGAGGGCUUAAAAGAAAGGCCUCAAACCUGGGCACCGAUGGUGGCAACAAGAGUGGGAAAACAACCACUAGUCCUGGCCAAAUUAGUCUCCUCCAGCACGGUUUCUCCACACUCCUCCAAAGGGUCAAAGACGCACCUGUGUUUGAGGAAGGGGACAGUAGUUCGAGUACUGACGGAAACUUUUUCAAGGAAGAUGCUGAGGAUGAAAAGAUAAUGGGUAACUCCACUGGCAUCUCUAAGACUUCCAAUACGGAGAAUUUUCCUGUCUGUCUUCCCAGAUCGGGAACAAAAAACGGUGACACAUCUAUUGGCUCAGAAAGGAAACGUGGAGAUCCUGGAGAGAAGAGGUUCCGGUUGAAAGACGGUGAUUAUACUGCAGGAAAGGAGCAAGGCCUGACAAAUAAAAGAAGAGCCCUGGAUGAGGAGAGUGAUGACAAUUCUUCACCAGAGAAAGUUGCCCAAAUCUGUAACUUAGAGGGUUACUCAGAUGAAUCUGAGGAUUUGGACCUGGAGGCAAAGAAGGGUGCUUCAAGUUCAAAGAACAGGGGAGAGGACAGAGGAAAAGGAAAGCAAGACGGCAGCAAAAUAAGACAAACUGCAAGCAUGAGAGACAAGGCAAGAUCGAAAUACACAAAAGACAUAGAGACAUUCACAUCUUCAGAGGAUGAACUCUCAACUCCUCCGACUGGGAGACGAGCAGGAAUACCUGGAGGUGUUUCUUUUACAAGCCUGAAAAGUGAAACUCGAAAGGAGAAAGAAAAGAUUGGAAGCAUUGACAGUUUACUAGGAGGCGUAAAGGAGGUGGUGUUUACGCACUCUAACCAGCGCGUGGUGGGAGGGAGCAAAGCAGAGGAGCUGAUCAGCAGGGCUGCUGUACGGGAUGUGUUUGAACGCAAAAUGUACUCGCAGCUUCCGGCAAAUAACUUCCUGACUACCCAGGAGAGCCCGUCAGUGAGCCAACCAGACAGUCCACCUUGUUCUGCUGCCGCUGUAAUGCCCCAGAGGCCGGCCGUGGAUCAUCCAGUCACCUUCACCAAUAAGACCGUGCACGACAAAGGACACGCCACCGUCAUCAUCGGAGAGACUCCCAAAGCCAUACGCAGGCAGCAGCUGGAAGAAAUGGCAGAGAAAUUCAGAAUCCCUUCUGUCCAUCAGUUUGCCGUUGAAAUUCUCAGAAGAGACUCGACUCAGAGACUCGCCUGGUUACGUCAGUAUUACACCUCGAUGAAUCACCCUGACCUGGCCGAUGCCAUCAGAGACAGCUUCCCAGAGCGGGUUUCAGCACAGACCUCCUCCCCUUCCACUGCUACUUCCUCACCAUCCACAAAAACGUCCGGCAAAAAAAGCCACACAGAGAGUACAAAUCGGCGAAAGGAUCCCUCGAGAGCUACAAGAUCAGCUAAAAAAACAAAUCCAGAGCCCAGAACUAAACCUGGGACUCCACGUGAAAAUGUUCUGGUGCCACAAAUUGGAUUAGCCGUGCCACAAAAUGAUGUUCUUGAACUUCCCAGAAAGCAAAAGAUAUCACAGAAGAAUGUGCUAGAUCCUCUGCAGGAUGUUCCAGAGUCAGAGGAGCAAGAGGAGACGGUCUUCGGUGCCAGAGGACACAAGAGGACAAAGAGGGGUAAUGUUUCUGGUUGUGGAGCCAGCAAAGCUCGUCGUGGUCUUGGCGAGGAUCUGGCCUUCAGCAGUGGUCUGGGGUCUGCGGAGGCUGCUGCUUUCCUGAACCACGCAGACAAAGAUGCCCCUUCUUCCUCUGACCGUAGCCACUGCAGCUCGGCCAUGUUAUCCAGACCUACAGCAGAAGGAAGGGAGCAGGACCCCAAAUCAUCCGCAAGGUCUCGAGAAACUCGGCAAGAGCAGAUGGAGAAUCCUCAGUCCCCUCCUGCCUCCAGUAGUCACUCCUUCCUCACAGAUCUUAUCGGAGAUACGUCCAUUCUUGACGACCUACUGAAACCAACAGCUAGGAGAACCGAACAGAGGGGCACGCUCAAAACAACCCCGACAUCAUCUGCCUCACACAACACACGACCUGUCACAGCAUCAGACAGAGAAACCUCCCUCCCUGAUCCAAGCUCACACACACAGACUACACGCCAGGUCACUGAACCCACACAGACGGCAAAGGGCACCCGCAAAGACAUCUGGGACAUCCUCAAUGAAGGUAACGAGGAGCGAAUCAACAGAUUAACAGACCCGGAGGAAGUGCAGAGAGUUUGCAUCAAAACUAACUUUGCAAGUAGACCCUGGUCUGAACAGAAGGAGGGUAAAAGUCUGUGGAAAACUAAUGAGAAAUUCCUUUGGAAGAAAUAAUUUAGAUGAAGCAUUUUAGCGUUUACCGAAGAAUUUUAAGUAUUUUAAAGUUGCUUGUCCUGCAAAUAAAUACAUAUUUAUUGCAGGCUUAUCUUAUUAGUUUUCAGACUUCAU